GUCGCGGCGCGGUGCAGUCCACAGUGGAAAUUGUGUUUCGAUAUCAUUUUAUUUCUUUAUACAUUUUUUGGGAAUCCAAAACGGUUAUUGAACAUGGUACCCCGUCCAGUGUCUCCGUAUGCACGGGAGCCUCUCAUUCCGCAGUUUUACGCUGGGAAAAGCAUAUUCAUAACAGGAGCAACCGGUUUUAUGGGAAAGGUACUGGUGGAAAGAUUACUAUGGACGUGUCCAGAGAUCGAGCGCAUCUUCCUCCUGAUGAGAGAGAAGAAGGAAGUAUCGCCAGAGAAGCGGCUCGCACAGCUCAAGCAGUCACAGGUAUUUGACGUGAUCAGAGAGUAUUGUCCGGGUCAGCUGGAGAAGCUGUACCUGAUCCCGGGCGACACCACCGCCCCCAACCUCGGUCUCAGCGUGGAAUCCAUUGGUCUACUGAAAGAGGUGUCGGUGGUGUUCCACAGCGCGGCGACGCUCAAGUUCGACGAGGCCCUCAACAAGGCGGUGGACCAGAACGUGCGCUCCGUCUUGAGCCUCAUGGACAUAUGCGACGGGAUGCCCAACAUCGAGGCGCUGGUGCACGUGUCCACUGCGUACAGCAACGCGGAGCUGUCGACAGUGGAGGAGCGCGUGUACGCGGCGCCGGUGCCGCUGCAGCAGCUGCUGGCGCUGGCCGACGCGCUGCCGGACCAGCUCGCCGCCGACCUCACGCCCAGGUUGAUAAGUCCGAAACCCAACACGUACACGUUCACGAAGGCGCUCGCGGAGAACGCAGUGGCUGAGCGGACCAACAGGAAAUACCCCGUGGCCAUCUUCAGACCCACGAUUGUAAUAUCUGCUCUUCGUCAUCCCUUCCCUGGUUGGAUCGAGAACCUAAAUGGCCCCAGCGGCGUGCUGGUAGCAGCCGGGAAGGGCUUACUGCAUUUCUUCUGCUGCAAGAGGUCAGCUAAGGCGGACAUGAUUCCAGUGGACAUAGCUAUUGACACGCUGAUAGCGGCCGCCUGGGAGACUGCCGUGGAUAAACUGGACGAGGUUCGCGUGUACAACUGCAGCAGCGGGAGGAACUCGACCACGUGGGCGCAGUUUGAGAUGGCGAUCAAAAAGUUGCUGAUUGAACAUCCCCUGGACAAAACAUAUUGGUACCCGAGCGGAGCUGCCGUGGAGAACGAAUAUCUUCUUAAUAUAUUGCAGUUAAUAACACAGACGAUCCCGUUACAUUUGGCGGAGUAUUGUUCUCGAAUGAUCGGAAUUAAAUCAAGAUUAAGUUUAAUUACCAUUAGCGAACGUCUCCAGGGAAUGUGUAAGGUGCUAACGUUCUUUUCGAUGCGCGAGUGGGAUUUCAAGUCCGACAAUGUCCGGAAAUUGCAAGCCAGACUAUCUCCACAGGACGCACUGAUCUACAAUCUGGACCCGAAUACAAUAGACUGGGACGCUCUGUACGUAGACUUCGUGAAAGGAACAAGGAAAUAUCUGCUGAAAGAAAAAGACCAGGACAUUGACGAGGCCAAGCGACAUUUGCGCAAGAUGUUCUACGUCCACAACGGCUUCCUGGUGUUCGUGACGGCGCUGCUGCUGCGGCUAUCGCUGCACGCGCCCCUGGUCCGCAGCCUCGUGCUGGGCACUCUCCGGCUGCUGUUCACGAUCGUCAGCUCCACGUACUCGCGCGUCUCUUCGUAGUUGACCAAGACAACCUUUUUAACUGUUAUUUAUUAAAUAAAAAUUUUAGAUAAACUGUGAUGGAGCGCGUCUGGAACUAUAAUGGAUGACAACGAUGAGUCCAACUUAAUAGAGCCAUGUGUGGCCCUUCAUAAACUGAUAAAUCUGUUUCUACUUCAUAGAUAGACUAAUGUUUAAGAGUUGUCGCGACGUGUGCGGCUAGUUCGAGUAUCUGGCGGUAAUGUACGCGUCAUCAUCUCAUCUUACUAAUCUGGAGAUUGUAUUGUGUCAAGUACGAGCUGUGUGACACAACUCCAUGUACAUUAUGGUACCGUAAAAUGGGGCGAUUAGGGACAAAUUCCAACUUUAUGAGCAAUUUUAAGGUAGUUGUUGAUGUAUAUAAUGCUAUAUCAGGAUCAAAAUG